GGGCGCUGCGGUAAGGGCCGUCCCCUAAUCGCCAGGACUGCGCACUCCCGACCCAGUUCCACUCACGUUGGCCUCACUUCGCUGCUCCCUUAGCAGUCAGCUCAGAUCCGUGGAGACGCCCACACACUCCCCGCCCCUGCGAUCCCAGCCCAGGGGUGUUUGGGGUGGGGAGGAGGCCGCCUCUCCCAGACUUUCCCAAUCAGACUUCACUCCCACGGCCCGAUGUCCAGCGGCCCGGGGCGCGCGAGGGUUAACCCCGCGGGGUGGGGACUCUGGAGCAGUCGGCAGAGGCAGAGGGAGGGAGGGGGCAGGAGGCGACCAGAGGCGCGAGGAGCCGGCGGGGGUCGAGCCUUGGAGAAGGCCGCUGGAGCCCCGCGUGUCGCCGGCCACCGGGCAGUCACUGGGGCACACGCUGCGCGCAGCGAGGGGCCACCGCAGACCCUCUGCCCCAAACUUCAAGUCCGGAGCAGGGGUGAGACGCUGGGCAUCAAGACGGGUGGCAACCUGUCAGGACGCUGUCCCCCUCCCCGGAGACCGCCGCCUCCACCCCACCUCUGCUGAGUCUCCGCCCCUACUCUGGCCACUACAUUGCCUUUGGCCCGGGAUGAAGCCCGGAGGCGGUGGCCCCCCGGCGGCCCCGGAGUCCGAGCCGGCCGGCGUGCCCCUGGUUCUGCCGCGGCCCUGGGGCUGUCCCGCUGACGUGCGGCUCUGCGGCCACCUGCGGAAGCAGAAGUCCCAGCGCCGCCGCUUCUUCGUGCUCCGCGCCGACCCGCCGCGCCUCGAGUGCUACGAGAACGAGCAGAAGUUCCGCGCCGGCCGAGCGCCGCCCAAGCUCAGCGUGAGCCUGGCGGGUGCGUGCACCAUCAGCAAGCGCGUGGACGCGCGCCAGCGCCACCUGAUCGUCCUGUACACGCGCGACCGCAGCCUGGGCGUGGCGGCGGCCUGCGAGGCGGAGCAGCAGGCGUGGUACAGCGCCCUGCUCGAGGCGCGCGCGGCCGCCGGUCCCAGCUUCCACGAGGACCCCGGUGCCUGGAUUCUCGCUCCAUUGCAGGACGUCUGGCCCGUGACACUGCGGCCCAAGGGACUGGGGCGAACACGAGGCCUGGGCAGCGGCGGCUACCGCCUGUGCCUGGGUUCGGGGGUGCUGAGCCUGCUGCGGAAGCCCAAGGGCACAGGCUCUGGGGACACCCAGGCUUCGCCGCCGCCGCCCGCCCUGCGCCUGUCCCUGCUCAGUGUGCGCCGCUGCGGCCACGCAGGCUCUUUCUUCUUCCUGGAGCUCGGCCGCUCGGCGCCCACGGGUCCCGGGGAGCUGUGGCUACAGGCGCCCGACGCCGAGGUGGCCCAAAGCAUUCACGAGACCGUACUGGCCGCCAUGAAGCGACUCGGGGAUGGCGGUGCCGGUGGCAGGGCUGAGCCACUGCCAAGGAAUCCCCCCGCAAGCGCUUACAGACCCUCCGCCUCCCAACCUUAUGCAACCCUGGCCUCGGCAGCCCAGUCAAGCGGCCAGAGCCAUUGCAGGGGCCUGGCGGAGAGAAGGGGGAAAGCAGGCCUCCGGAUGCGGGCGACCGCGGCCUCGCAGCCCGAGGGCUUGGAGCGGGGAGGGGGCUACGUAGCCAUGGGAGCCCGGAGCGACUACGAGCCCAUGGGGGGUGGCGAAGCAGGUGGCUACAUGGUGAUGGCACCCCCUCGCCUUGCGGCCUCUGCCCCCGCAGCUCCCCACUACCCGCUCCAAGGUUGCGGGGGCACCGAAUACGUGCCCAUGAGCCGCUUUCCGCCAGGGUCCUUGUCCUCGAGCUCCCUGCCCUGUUUCUAUAAGCUCGGGGCUGGGGAGCCUGGACCUUCCUUCCAAGGCCCCCGCCGCAGCAUCGGGGAACGUUGGGGACCAGCAGGGGCUCAUUCCUCCUUGCAGCCGCCCUCAGAGCUAGCAGGGGAGUACGUGUGCAUCAAGUACGUGGCCCCGGACUACUUAGGAAUGGGCACUGCCAUACAAGAACCCCCCAACGGCCACCUCAACUACGUGGACCUGGACCUGAUCCCUCCGCUGGAGGCUCGAGGCGACGCCCCCGGGGCCAGCAGGAACCGCCAGCACAGCUAUGCCUGCAUCGAGUUCCAGAACCUCAGAGAAGCUCCGAGUUCCUGCAGCAUCACUCCAGAGUCUCAGGUCAGCCUUGGCCCCUGACCCCGCCUCCAACGACUUGUCCCACAUGGACCUGCUCCUCCCCACCCCGCACCUGCAGGGCCUUGCCUUAUGUCUCCUCGCGGCCUAAGAACCAGUCCCCGGCCCCAGGGCGCCAGAGCAAGAAGGCUGAAGUACCAGGUAUCUUACCUCUACUGCUUCCCCAAAGUGCUGUGCCGCUCCCUUCCUCCCUAAUUUCCCUCUUCCAGUGCCAGCCAUGUGUUCACACAAUCCUCCCUUCUCUGGAGCCUGGUGGAGUUGAUGGACUUCUUGCUUCCAUAUACUUGUCUUCCAUAUACUGUACUGUGGACCCCCACCCCCACCCUAUGCCCUAUUAAAGUGGUCCUGCUUGG